AUGGCCCAGAUGCUGCUGCUGCAUUUUGGAACCCAUCUGUGGGCAGCUGUGAUGCUCGUUGUGCUUGCUGGAUCUCGUCGGCAGACAGAUGAUCCCCCCGCAGAUCUUGCCGAGUCAAAUGGAUCUGAGAAUGCUGGCCUCAUGCUAGAGUUACUUUGGGGAGGCAUUAAAAUUAUGACCAAUGACUCAAUCGGAUUUCAGGACGAAGAGGUAGCCUCGCUGCGUCCUGCAAAACGGUUACUCCAGAUCUUCCGGCAUGAGAUUCCAAAACACCCGGCUGGGAUCGAGGAGUACCUGGAUCAUCUUUCACAAUCUGAUAUUCCUAUAACUGCAGAGGAAUUUGAGCAGCUCGUUUUCAUUGCUGUUUACUGUGCUUACCAGAUUCGUGCCAUCCAAGGCCUGGAGAAAAACCUCUGGAUCAACCUUUUUUCACAGUUGGUCACUGAAAUAAUCCGUGAGCUCUGCAAACAAGUCUGUCCUGCAGCAUCUAUGGAUUCUGUUCAUCUUCUUGCCUCGAGGCCCUGGCAGGAAAUGCCUUUCUAUAUUACUGCACUGAAAAACUCCUACCAGUCCAAGUUAAUGACGAACUUAGGACCCUGA